GAGAGGAGGCACGUGCGCGUGACCUCCACUGUGUAGAUUCAGCAAUGGCGGUGGUGUUGCGGGAGGGGGAGUGUAAAGAUGAGGAACUGCUUCUUCGGGAAUGGGAGAGGCAGCAGAUGGAGUUGAAAGAGCAAAUGAUUGACCACGACACUGAGGACUGGCAGAGUAAUGAAGUUUUUGAAGGUUUAGAACGCAUUGGUGGUGUGGAUUUAUCUUACAUCAAGGGAGAUGAAGUCAACGCUUGUGCCUCAUUAGUAGUUCUCAAUUAUCCAGAUCUUAAGGUUGUCUAUGAGGAAUGCUGGAUGGUUUGCCUAACUACUCCUUACAUCCCAGGCUUUCUGGCAUUUCGGGAGACACCUUUCCUGGAAGAAGCUUUGAAAAGACUACAACUCAAGGACCCCAGUCUUCUCCCUCAGGUUAUUUUUGCAGAUGGAAAUGGAAUUUUGCAUCACCGAGAAUUUGGUGUGGCCUGCCACUUAGGUGUCCUCACAGAUUUGCCCUGUGUUGGGGUUGCCAAGAACCUUUUGCAUGUGAAUGGUCUGGAAGAAAAAUAUUUGCUGAAGGAAAAGGCUAAAGACCUUCAGAAAGGAGGAAGUGCAUUUUCAUUAGUUGGAAGUUCCGGGAAAGUUUUAGGAAUGGCUCUUAAAAGCUGUGAGAAAAGCACUAAACCCAUUUAUGUAUCCGUGGGUCACAGGAUUAGUCUGGACACUGCCUUACGUCUGACUCAUUCCUGUUGCAAAUACAGGGUACCAGAACCCAUUAGGCAGGCUGACAUAAGGUCCAGAGAAUAUAUUCGGAAAAAUGUUAACUUAUCUUGACAUUUAAGGAAGCAGCAGUCGUAAGCUAAUAUUAAAAGAUCACUACUUGAAAGGGUAAUGGAAGCAGAUUCAAUUGUAACAAUCAAGAAGGAGUUGAAUAAAUACUUGAAAAGAGCAGAGCAAUGAGGAAUGAGCAGGAGUGUGGGACUGAUGAGAUAGUUCAAAGGGGCCAACACACAUACAGUGAGUGUCCUCCCUGUGUGCUGAAUAACUCAAAUAUCAAAUCACAGUUGGUCAUAAUGAAUUCUCAAUGGGACCCACAAUGGCACAUAUCCUUCUUUUGGAUCAUGUUGAUAUGUCUGGACUUUUAGACAAACCUGGGAUUGUCCCCAGACAUGCCCACAGAACUGAUGUCAGAGCAUAAAGAAUAGACUAAACAAAUAUCUCUGUCCUCCACUGGAACCUGCCGUACAGCCAAGAAAGGAGGAGCAUCCAGAUGAACCACAUUCUACACCAGUGUCAGAUCCAAUUGCUCCCAGGAUGCCUGGAUGUCCUGUAAAACAGUAGAACUGACUUUGAACCAGCUCACAAAAUUUCAAAGCUAAACCUCACCAGUCAAAAGUGAACGUUAGAAAAUGGGAGCUGUGGAGUUACAACCUUAAUUCUCAAUUUAGCCCUAUCUCACCCGCUUUACAGAAUUCAUGUAGCCUCUGGACAGUCCUUUUAAAAAAUAAAGUUUAAUAAUCCUAUGGCCUGAGUCUUUAGGGAGUAACACUCCUGGAAUGUUGCUUUUACAUUUACAAUGUUCAGCUGUAUUAGCGUAUCAGCUCAUAUAUGAGGACAUGCAACAUUGACGUUCCAGGCCUGUAUCCAGUGAUGAUACGGCAACAGCAUCAGAAUGAAUAGAUCCACAUUGCAAUUCAACAAUUCACAAUUCCUGUUGCACUUCUCAAAAAUAAUAAAAUUUAACAGAAGCAACAUUUUCUCCACAAUCUACACUAUUAUCUAAAAUAUUUGAAAGGAUCCUGUGCUAAUUCCUGGAUUGAAAAGUGGUCUUUCCGUCCAUUGCUGGAUUUCUGACCGGACUAUGUGUAGCCCUGUACUGAAGGCCAAUGCACUAUAUAAUCUUAAUAUAUUUAUUUCUAUUUAAAUACCUUUAUCCCACAAAUAAGCCUUUGACCCUAAUAAUCAUAUCUUUUAUCUAUGAAUUACUAUUGGCAUUUGGGAGCAUUAUCAACAGUCCUUUAGAAAAAUGAUUACUAGAUCUCACAUGGUUGUGUUUCAGAAUGCCUUACCUUCUUUUCUGGGGCUGCACCUGCCUUAGUACAGCUGUUUGUAAGCUCCUGGUAUUUCCUGUGUAUGUGUAUUGAUGUCAGGUGCAGUUAGGAUCAAGCACAGUUUGAUACACUCCAUUUCGAGGAGUGCUGCACCAAAUGAAAAUCAGUGGCUUGAAUGAGCUACUGAGAGGUGUUGUUGAUUGUUGAACAUUAUCCCAGCAACUUCAAAAUAAAAGAAAAUUGGAUCUUGAGUGAGUAUUUAAGUCUUUUGAAAGCUUUCCUAGACUAUAUGAAGAAAAAGUACGGAUGAAAUAGGCCACCUAACGUUCCUCCCAUUCUUAUUUAUUACGUUUUGUUUUGAUUGGGGGUAUGGAUGGAUUUCCCAUUUCAAGGUGAACCGAUCUUGUUUCAAAAUUGAGCCAUGCUAACACUAUGAAGUCAGGGAAGGAUUUGUGAUGCCUUUCACAGUUGACAUACCUUCUCCUUUCUGCCGUC